CCCUCUGGAUCUUGUGGACACUUAACUUCUGUAGAAAACGUUUAGCCUUUGCCACUUUCUUGAAGGUCACACAAAGCAACCGAGUGCACGAGGUCAUGAUCUCCCGUCGACUGACAGCGAGUGAAAGACGACACCGUGUGCGGAUGAGGAAGUGUUGUCAGCUUUCCCCCGUGACGCUGCUGCAGCUGCUCACAGGAGUAGAAAAUAAAGAGCUUCUACCUGAGCCGCACAUCACCUGUGAGGAGAGAGAAGAAACACACCUGUUGUUUACGACGGUUGUCUCCAAUCAGCUAAAAAGGAUGGCGCACAGAGGCAGCGUGAAACCUUUCGUCCACUUCAACGCCAAACACGAUGCUGAAAUCCUCCAUAGAGCCAUGAAAGGAAUCGGUACGGAUGAAGAUGCGAUCCUCAUGCUCCUGUCAGGACGCAACAACGAUCAACGCCAGCAAAUUAAGACAGCGUACAAAAAGGCCUACGGAAAGGACCUGGUCAGCGCGCUGAAAUCGGAGCUCGGUGGGCUGUUUGAGAGUCUGAUUGUGGCCUUGAUGACCCCGCCUUCCUCAUACGAUGCUUCCCAGCUGCACAAAGCGCUCAAGGGCGCCGGGACUGAUGACGACGUGCUGAUUGAGAUCCUGGCCUCCAGGACCGGCGAGCAGAUUAAAGAUAUCGUCAAAGUGUACAAGAAAGAGUUCAACGGAAAGCUGGAGAAAGAUAUCUGCGGUGACACCUCAGGGCACUAUCAGAAGCUACUGGUGAUCCUACUGCAGGGGAGCAGGGAGGAGGGAGUGGACGAGGAGAAGAUCGAGAAAGAUGCUAAGGAACUGUACGCUGCUGGUGAGGGCAAGUUUGGCACCGAUGAGGAAAAAUUCAUCACAAUUCUUGGCAACAGAAGCGCAGAGCAUCUGAGAAAAGUGUUUGAUGCCUACAAUACCCUCUCUGGCUCUGAUAUCGAGGACAGCAUCGAAGGAGAGACCACUGGGAAUCUGGAGAACCUACUGUUAGCUGUUGUGAAAUGUGCCAGGAGUGUCCCAGCGUUUUUUGCUGAAGUCCUGUAUAAAUCUAUGAGGCGUGCCGGAACUGAUGACGGCACCCUGAUGAGGAUAAUGGUGUCGAGGAGUGAGGUGGACAUGUUGGACAUCAGAGCCUGCUUCAAAAAGAAGUACAAAGCGUCUCUGUACACCACGAUCCAGUUUCCUCCCUGAUGCUCUAAGCAUGCUCAUCUAUCCCUCUGCAUGCUUUAAAACACCAGCCGGGUGUACUACGGUGAUGCUGCUCGUACACCAUUCAUGUCAGUGCAGUUAUGGAGUGGAAAUAAGUGAUUUACUUUAAAUGCCUUGUUCAGCGUGAUGAGACUGAGAUGAAACAAUGCUUCCCGGCUUUUCACACAAGUCAAAGUGAAUUAAUCAAUUCUCCCGGGGCCAGAUGUGCCUGCAGCGACAAAUUACUGACAUCCUCCUGUAGAAAUGGCCAACACUGAACAAAUAAUUAUUAAUUUGUUGUUCAUUUUUAUUUUAUUAUAGCAAUUAUUACUGCAACUAUUCUCUUUUUUCAAAAGUAUUCAUAUUUAAUAGUGGUAUUUUUUCACUUUUUUAUGACUUUUUCAUGUUAAUAGACGAUUCUCACAGCUAAUAUUUUGCACCUGUCAGUCACAGGUGUACCUAAUAAUUAAUUAUGGCUGCGCUCGAUUUAUAAGCACUUCCAUGGCACUGGCUUGAUGGUUUAAUUGUCAUGGCUUACUGACUCGUUGAAAUGAGCCAGAGCCAUAAGUAAUGUUAUUAGUUUCAACUGUUGCUUUUCCUGCUGUGAUGACGCCGUGUUCAUGUUACCUAGGAGGUACCAUAAUUACAAGUUUCUGACUUGUAAGUAGCAUUCACAUAAUCCAUGAACACACUAAAGUGCCUGAAAAAGCAAAUCAAUGUCAGCCAAAAUCUUUCACGGUAAUUGAAACCAUAUUUAUUAUAGAUUGUCAGUACUGCUACUACUCUUCUAUGGAGGACAGAACCUGCCAAAAUCAAAAAUAAAUAAGAAA